CCCGCCGCCGGCCGCCGUAGGGUGCCGCAUGUGUUUGCUGCUCGUGGACCUGAACACGUGCCGGGUGGUGGCGGACCUGGAGAGCAUCAUCAGGGAGAAGUUCGAGUUCAGCCGCAGCAGCAUCCUGAGCCUCUUCAUAGAGGAGUGCUACCUGCCGCACACGGAGAGCAUCUACGUGGUGCGGGACAACGACAACGUCAGGGUGAAGGUGGAAUGUCUGGCUCAGGUGAAUGGACAUGCUAGCUGUGCAGAGAUGGCUAAUGUAAACCGCAGCAAGAGGCGGCGAGAAGCAGGAGAGGAUGGACCAGGAAACGGACCAAUCAUAGAGCACAAAAAAAAGAAGAAAAAGAAGUUAGAUAGUGGCACAGCACAUCAGUCAAUUUUAGCUAAGGUUGAAAACAAGAAGAAGACGCCGCAAACAACGAAUGCCACAAAACAGAAGAAGAAGAAGAAGAAGAAGGCAGUAAAGUCUGUGGAUGAUACCCAUGCUGCUGUCCCUAAAGCAACUGCUUCCUCACACAAACCUCCAAGCCCUAAAAAGAACCCAGUGGGGAAAACAAAAAAAACAAAAGCUCCUUCAUCAGAUUCCAGCAGUUGCAGCAGUGACGAAGAUGAAGCUUGUCACAAAAAAGGAGCCAAGAAACCCGGGGUCACUCCUGUUGCUUCAAAAGAACCUCUGAAACCCAAAGCCAUCCUCAAAAAACCUCAACCGCCCUCAUCAUCUUCCUGUUCAGACACAGACUCCUCCUCAGAUGAGGCCAACGGCCUAAAGGUCUCGCCCAAAAGCAAAGCUUUGUCCCCCGUCACCAACAACUCUAAAGCUUCUCAGGUGCAGUCGGCACACUGUGCUCAGAAAGAGGCUUCCAGCACAGAGGAGCCUGCUCACAAGCCGGUGAUGGAGCCCCGCAUCCACGACAGCGAGGAGGAGAUCCAGCUUGUGAUCCGACGGCCUCAGCAGCCUGUCCUGAACGUACCCAGCCAGGUCCCCUGGAGGGGCAAAGACAGGAGGUGGGCAGGAGCUGAUCCUGGAGCUGGUCCUGCAGAGCGCAGCGGGGGAGCGGCUCAUAGUGAUGUGCAGGGCUUCAGUAAUGGCCCCAAGGAGCCUUCUCACCACACUGAUUCUCUGAUCAACAGGUCGCUGGUUUUUCAGAAUGAAGCAGAACAAGUUCCUCAGAAGGACUACAGCUCCAUGCCCCUGUUAGCUGGCCCUCCUCAGGUGGGCCAGAAGAUUGCCUUUAAGUUGCUGGAGCUAACAGAGAACUACACACCAGAAGUAUCUGAAUAUAAGGAGGGAAAAAUUGUGAACUUUGAUCCAACGACCAAACAGAUUGAGCUUGAACUUCUAAAUGCUUCACAAGCUCCUGCUGAACCAGGCAAGUUUGACCUGGUCUAUCAGAAUCCAGAUGGCUCAGAAAGUGUGGAGUACGCUGUGCAGAGAGGAUCUUCGGUGAUGGAACGAUGGGAGUCUCUGCUGGAGCCGAGACUGAUCAUUUAGAUAUAGAAAUGUUUUACUUUGUUUAUUAGAUUUAAUAAAUUUGCUUUUGUCAACCUA